AUGUCUUUCCAGAAGAAACAUUACAAAGUCUCCAACUACAAUAAUAACUACAACAAUAACUACAAUAAUAAUUACAAUAAUAAUUACAAUAAUAAUUACAAUAAUAACUACAAUAAUAACUACAAUAAUAAUUACAAUAACAAAAUCACCAAAUACAACACCAACAACAAUAACAACAAAAAUAUACCUUUCUUUCCGAUCGAAGUCCUCGAUGAAAUAUUCAAACACAUCAUCGACGACGGAUCCACAUUAUUCUCAUGCUCAUUAGUUAAUCGUACUUGGUGUCGACUCAUAAUUCCAUUGCUCUGGUCACGUCCCUUCAGAUUUUUUCGAAAUCCUGCACAUGAUAUUGCACUAGUAAAAACUCUUGUAUCCUGUUUAAAUAGAUAUCAAAUGGAGACGCUUGUUAAAAUAGGAAUUAUCAUCAACCCCAGAGAAUCAAAAGGCACAUCAACAUCAUCAAGACCACCAGCAAGAAAACGAGUACGAACUCUUUUCGAUUAUCCCAGAUUUAUCACAGAGCUCGACUUUAAGAAAUUGAAUUUAAUAGUGAAAUCAUGGUACUCCUCAAUCAAACCCGAAGACAUAAAAAGCUUUCGAAACUAUAAAGGUGUUGUAAUAAUCCGAGUACUGCUACAAUUGAUAAUGUUACGCGCUAAAGCAAUAAAAGUUCUCAGUGUUGAAAAAUCUCAUGAUACAAUUGAUAUUCCGAACGUGACAAAUUAUAAAGGAGCAUCGCGUGUUUUACCGCAUAUUGAGGCAUUCGUAAUGUGUCAGUAUUCCACGCGAUAUAGAGAACAAGAGAAAGUCAAUAUUUCACAAAUGUUUAAUACUAUGUCGCAAAUUUGUAAAAAGAUUAAUUUUUUUAAUGUAAAAAUUGACGGCUUCUCUUAUGACAUGGAACAGGAGUUGCUUAAUCUCAUCGCGGUGCAAGAUGGAAUCAAGCAUGUGAUUAUUGAAGCUUGGUCCGCUAAUUCAAGACCAUUUAUUCUUGCAUUACAUGCGCAGGCUCACUCACUGCGACGAUUAGAAUUCAAGUGGAGUUAUUUAAACCAGGAAGCCAUUGAAGAAAUUAAAUACUUGCAUAAUUUGGAUACGCUGGUUUUUAUCGAAUGCAGCAAAAUAAGAAAGGAAAUCUGGAUACCAUUAUUGAAUUCAACAAUGAAAAUAAAAAAGCUCUAUUUUAUGAACGAAGAAAAUUACGACCCACAAUGGAAUUUCGACUGCACGCCAAUUAUUCGAUUUGCAAAUUCGAAUCUUACGGAUCUCGUUAUCGUCAUGCAAGGUAAUCCGCCUGCGGUAUUUGAAACCAUCGCGGAGUAUUGUCCGAAUUUGGUUUCUUUUGGAAUCCGAAUCGAGCUAGACACUAUAAAUUACAUUCAACCAUUGCUGUCGCGAUGUACGAACCUAGAGAAAUUAAGUGUACGAUUCCGAUGCGUUUGUCCGUGCAAUACCGAACCAGUCUUACUUGCAUUAGCUGACUCGAUUCAACCUAAUUUGAAAAUGCUGAGUGUCAAUUUUCGCGUUUCGGCCGAAGCUUUGCGUUCCUUUUUCCAGAAAUGUAGAGCGCCACUUGAGCAAUUUGGAAUGGUCGAGACUUUGGAUCUGACAAAUGAACAUCUUAAAGUACUUAUCGAGCAUGCGAAACGAGAUAAACGGUUCAAGCGGAUCGGGUUUGGUGCGCAGAAUAAUUGCGUUUUGGAGGAAAUUUUCGAUUGUCAAUUGUUAGAGGAGGCCAAAAAGCAUUUGGUGAUUGUGAGUAAAAAUCUUUGGUUUGAUAUGUAUGGUGAAUAUUCGGAUGCAGUUUUUUGA